AUGGUGCUAUACAUGCAGUCAUCCCAUUCCGCUAUAUAUUUAGAGAUGCACAUAAUUAAACCCAGUAUAGAUCAGGAAACUCAGAUUCCAUCAGAAAGAAGUAUGAAUAAGAAGAAGUUGAAGGUCGGCCAUGGUGAUAUUUUUGGUGGCAACGACCUAAAUCUGUGCGACAUUCUAAGCAGGCUACCAGUGAAAACGCUGAUGAGAUUCAAAUUGGUAUGUACACAUUGGAGAUUUCUAAUCAAAGAAAAUAAAUACUUGAUCGAUUUGCACCUUUUGAGAUCUAAAACACGCCGAGAAGGUAUAAAACUCCUUAUUUCUUCUGUUCUAGGGAGGAAAACGGCUUUGUUCUUUUGUGACUUGUUCCAAGGGGGAACAGCAACUCCCUUAUUAGGUCGUAAAACUACUGAUGAUAAUAUUUUUGAUGAUGCAAUAAUGCUGAAUCCGGUAAACGGGUUGAUCUGUUUCGUUAAACCUUUUGAAGGUUGUGUUCUCAUCUAUAAUCCAAACUCCGGAGAUAAAACAUCUUGGUUAGAAACAAGGACUAGGAAAUUACUGAGAGACCUUGAUGGACAAGCAGUGGACACUUCUAGGAUGAGAUGGGGUUUCGGAUUCGGAUUUGAUCCAGCUACUAAGCAACACAAAGUGGUUUCUGUGUUUGAGACUAUAAAUACAGAAGAAAAAAUCUCCAAUGAGAACCUUCACGGUCUUGAUACUCAACAGUGUGAGGUUUUAACAAUAGGAGGAGUUCGGAAUGAAUGGAGGGAAAUCGAUAAGAAGUUUACUCCGGGUAAAAUAGUUGGUGCAUCUGUUUACGUUAAUGGUGUUAUCUAUUGGUUGGAUGAACACCAAAAGGUUUAUGAAGUCGUAAUGGCAUUUGAUGUUACAAGCGAAAAGUUUAACCAAGUCACUGUGAUCCCUACUUUCAUCAAUAAUCGUUGGCGGGAUUUUCCGGUUAAUGGAGGGAUGCAAACUAUUUGGAUAUAUGUAGAUUUACUAGAAGUUGAUGGGCAUAUAGCUUUGUGGGAAAGAGUGGAUGGAUGUUCUAUUAAUCUAUGGACUUGCGAUGAUAUUAAUACCAACGGCAUAAUUCAUGGGAACUGGAGUGAAGAGAAAAUUAAAUUACCAUUUAACUUGUGGGAUUCGUGCGAUGAUUAUGUAGCCUUUGAAGCGAUUACCGGGGCUCAUCUCAUCCUCUCCAAAAACUUCAAUCAGCAAACGAAGUUCGAAACUCUUUAUUAUUACAACCGGAAAAGGAAGAACAUUGAAAAACAAGUUGAUAUCAAAGGGAUUUUCCGGGAUCAUGAUGCCAUCGGCUUCAAAUUUUCUACUUUCGUGGAUAGUUUGAUGCCUGUUCAGAUUACGAACCCAUGCUACACCCCUGAAUCCAGGGAUUGA